CGAUCGCGAGUGCGGUGAACGCGAGCGCUUAGGAGUUCGGAGAGUGUGUCGUGUACUAUUAUUAUUAUUAUUGUGCUGCACUGCAUCGCGCGCGCUCUCACACAAUAGCGGACGAUGUGAGGGCAAGAAAGACGGGGAAAAAAAAAUUACAAACGAAAAGCAAUUUUUUCGUUCAAAUUUUUUUUCCCUUCACUUCCCGUCGCCGCCGCCACCGCUCGUUUAGCGUGCGUGUGCGUGUGUGUGUACGUGCGUGUGCUUGUGGAAAACUGCCGCCGCCGCGCUUUCGUCUGGGGGGCCCCUAUCGCAUAAGGAAACGCGACGACCGACGACGACUACAGCACAACACACUACCCCGAAAGAGCCACCGAUCAUCGUCUCUGCAGGCAACUGUCGCACAGCGAGGACGUGCCCGUCGAUCAUUUGCCCGACCACAGACAUCCACACCUCAGCGUCGAUCCGCUCUGGUCGUCUCACCUUCACCUCAUCCUGGCGACUACACUACUACCUACCAGCCGGACGUCCUGUCCGUCGAUCAGCUAACUCCCUACCAUAGCAGUCAUCUUCGUAUCCACCACCGUCUGCAGUCCGGUAUUUCGUUUUGAAAUGCCACAAUCGCCGGACUGCCAUCGCGUUCUCUGGGACGCACUGCCAAAGCCGGCCUUGUUGCUCUAAUUUACACCGUCGUUUUCGGUGCAGUAAGAUUUUAUCUUAUUUUCAACAACACAUCUGUGGAAACCAAGUCAUUUGCCUAUAAUAUGACUAUGGUAACAUUCAUGAAUCUUGAACUUUUUGUGUAUGUAUAAUACAAAGAGUAAUUAACAAUGGCUAGUAGAAAAUCUUGGAAGGGGCAACUGUCGCUGAAGGAGGCUGAACAUCGUCGGUAUUCUGAUUCAGAAGAACACAAGAGUAAAACAUCAGUAUCAAAUAAUUCAGAAUUAUCAAAUUUAGUUUUGAUGCGCAACAGUACAUUGGGGCAGUCAGCACCUUCCUUAUCAAAUAGUUUGAGAGAAUUACAUGUUGCCGGGUCUGGAAGACGUUCAAACAAGGCUAGUCAUAGAAAAAGCUUUAUAUCAAAUACAUCACCUACAUUACCAAGAUGUCAUUCUCCAAUGUCAAGUAGUCCAUUGGAAAGCCCUAAAGUAGUUCACUCUCAUCCUCAUUUUCCAUUUGUUUCAAUAAAAAGGCCGUAUAAUUUACUCACUACAGAUUGCCGUGAUGGAAGAAGGUGGUCAGUUGCUUCAUUGCCAUCGUCAGGCUAUGGAACCACUUCUGGAAGUUCAAAUGUUUCAUCUCAGUGUUCCAGUCAAGAGCGUUUACACCAGCUUCCAAAUAUGCCAACCUCUGAUGAAUUGCAUAUGUUUUCCAAACAUUUUUCAUCCAAUGACAGUACUCAUAGUGCGGAAGAAGAUAACAUAAUUUACCGUAAACCCCGUUUCAAUCGGCCACGUUCAAGAAGCUUAAGCAGUCCGAGCAGAUCGCCAGUUCUUGACAAUGAUAUUGUUAUGAUGAAUGUGCUUUAUAAAGAUAGGUUUCCCAAGGCUACUCAUCAGAUGGAAGAACGUUUAAGCAUGUUUAUAAAUGAAUACGAAAAACUUAAUUUAGAACACAUAGAAAUAUCAGCAGAUGCUGUACCUAUUGUUAGAUUUGUUAACCAUCAAGUGUUGGAGAUAGCUAGAGAUUGCUUAAAAAAAUCUGAAGAAAAAUUAAUAACACGAGGUUAUUUUUAUGAAAUGUCAGAAAACUUGGAGUUAUUGUUGGCCGAAGCGAGAGAAAAGUCUGAAGAAGCCACUGCACUACUGACAGGAACAAUGAAAAAAUUGUUAUUAAUAAUAUCUAGACCAGCUAGGUUACUUGAGUGCUUAGAAUUUGAUCCUGAAGAAUUUUAUCAUCUGUUAGAACAAGCAGAAGGUCAAGCUAAAAUCUGUCAAGGCAUAAAGGAUGAAAUACCACAAUAUAUAAUAGGAAAAUUAGGAUUAAAUCGUAACUCAGUUGAUGAUAUUGAUGUAAACUUUCACAAAUUAGAUGAAUAUUCUUCGUCUUUAAUGAAAAAGACUCAACAACAAACUACCAAAAAAGAUACAUUUUCUUCUCCACCUUCAGAAGUUGAUUUUGAUGUAAUUAAAUUGAUUUCGAAUGGUGCAUAUGGCGCUGUGUAUCUCGUAAGACAUAAACAAACUCGUCAAAGAUUUGCAAUGAAGAAAAUUAUCAAGAAUAAUUUAAUGUUACGCAAUCAAAUUGAACAAGUAUUCGCCGAGCGAGAUAUCAUGAGUUUUACUGACAAUCCAUUUGUGGUCACCAUGUACUGCAGUUUUGAAACAAGGAAACAUCUUUGUCUUGUAAUGGAAUAUGUCGAAGGAGGCGAUUGUGCAUCUCUUUUAAAAAAUAUUGGCCCUUUACCACCAGAUAUGGCAAAAUUUUAUUUCGCUGAAACUGUACUUGCCGUAGAAUACCUUCACAAUUACGGUAUUGUGCAUCGUGACUUGAAACCUGACAAUCUUUUAAUUACUGCAUUAGGCCAUAUAAAACUGACUGAUUUUGGAUUAAGUAAAAUGGGUUUGAUGUCAUUGGCAACUAAUUUGUAUGAAGUACAUGUGGAUAGAGAUACACGACAAUUUUCUGACAAACAAGUUUUUGGUACACCUGAGUAUAUAGCUCCAGAAGUAAUCCUAAGACAAGGUUAUGGGAAACCAGUAGAUUGGUGGUCUAUGGGAAUAAUAUUGUAUGAAUUUUUGGUAGGGUGUGUACCAUUUUUUGGCGAAACACCUGAAGAACUUUUUGCUCAUACUGUAAAUGAUGAUAUUGAAUGGCCAGAUGAAAACGAAUGGCCAAUUCAGCCAGAGGCCAAAAACAUAAUAUCGUCAUUACUGCAACAAAAUCCUAGAGAUCGAUUGGGUACUGGUGGAUCACAUGAAGUCAAAGAUCAUCCUUAUUUCUAUGGAGUUGAUUGGAACUCAUUAUUGCGACAAAAAGCUGAGUUUAUGCCACAAUUAGGCAAUGAAGAAGAUACUAGUUAUUUUGAUUCCAGAAGUGAUCGCUAUAGCCAUGAAAUUGAUGAGGAUACAGAUGAUGACUCGUUGAUUUUGGGUACAUUUUCAUCUUGUUCUCCUCAAUUCAAAAAAGUAACAAGUAAAUUGUCAAUGAGCAAUGAAUAUCCAUCAUUAUCCCCUUCAGUAAACUAUAAAGAUGAUUCUUUAUCUAUCAAUACUGGAAUGUUUGACACAUCAGCGUCAGAAGGAGAAACAGUUGAUGAAAGUUUAAAAUCACCUGUAGCCAAGAAAACAACUAUUGACAAGUCACAAAACGAAGACAAUGAAUCAAAUACUCAAAUCAGUCGUAGGCGGCGCUUAUAUAGUAAAGAAAGUAUACCGAAAUUCUCAAUUUCAAUUGAAGAUGACAGAUCUCCGCAACUAAGAAGUUUAUCAGAAAAUGAGUCUGAUGAUCCUUCAUCAGAAAAAAAAGAGGAAUUCCUAAGUUUACCUGUGACUGCUAAUCUAUGUCCCACUUUACCACCUUCACCAAAUACUUCAAACAUGUCGAAAAAUCACAAAAGCAAUACUCUUGGUGGUCAACGGGCAAGAUCUGUCAUUAAGAGUUUUUCAGCCACCGGAUUGUCUCUGAUGAUACCGCCUGAAUCCAGUAACAAUGGAAUGCAAAUGAAGUCUCCAGGAUCGUGUAGUGCAUUGAACUCACCUUGUCGUGAUGUACCUUUAAUCACCAGCUUAAAGCCACCAAUUAUAUUGCGAAGAGGUCCUUCUGGCUUCGGGUUUACAGUUAACACUAUUCGUGUAUACUUUGGGGAUAGUGAUUUCUACACUAUGCACCAUUUAGUAAUGGCAGUGGAUUCGGGAAGUCCGGCUUUCGAGGCAGGUCUGAGCCCCGGGGACUUGAUUACGCACGUCAAUGGAGAACAAGUCCAGGGGAUGAACCACACACAAGUGUUACAGUUGCUGUUGUCCGGCGGCGACAAGGCUACCUUGCGGUCCACGCCGCUAGAGUUCACGACCAUCAAGACGGGUGGACGGCGCCGGGAACCUGGCCAGAGCAAGUUGGCGUCAAACGCCAGGCACAGAGGCCUUGGGUUUGCGCACCACUCGCACCGGCAUAAAAGGUCGCAACGUAAGGACAUACCGGCUGGUGAGAGUAGGCGCCGACAAAAGUCGUCGCUGUUCAGGCGAAUCAGCACCAAGUGUACGCCCGACUAUCAGCAGCUGACCAUCAUGGGGAACCGAUCGCCGGCUGUCGGAGGCGUCGCGCAGGACGCGGCGGCGGCCGUGGCAUCGUCGACGCCCGCGGACUACUCGUCUUCGACCAGCUCUUCGAGCUCGUCUGCCAACUCCUCGCCGACGGUGACGCCCAACUCGCCCACGCCGUACCAGCGGCCGUCCACGCUGCACGGGCUCAAGCACAAGCUGCACUCGGCCACCAAAAACCUACACUCGCCAAACCGGCGCAAGUCCGUCGGCCAUAUACCGCUGUCGCCGCUUGCUCGGACCCCGUCGCCGUCGCCGCUACCGCAGUCUCCCACCCGGUCGCCCAGCCCGCUGACGUUCUCGUCUGGCCACCAGCCUGGAAGCUCUAAUACCACGCAGUCGUACAGCCCGUCGUCGCUGACGUCGUCCAACCCAGGGGCGGCGGGAGCCAGUGGCGUGGCCGUGUCUGGGUGUGGGGCGACGGCCGGCGUUGGAGGUAUCGGCGGCCCGUCAGGCUGUUGCAUCAGUGCCGUCAGUGGCGGCGCUGUAGUCGUCGUCAAGAAGACGGCUGGCUCGUCGUUCGGCCGGCCGUGCAAGACGUCGGAACCGGGGUCGCCACUGUUGCGCCGGGCCCUGUCGCCCGACCGGUUGCACCCGCGUACCGCCGAGACCAAGUCCAAUUCCAUUUCGCCGCUAUGCGACCCCGCGCUCAAGGUGACCACGCACCACGCGCCCCGCGUCACGGUCACCACCAAGUCGCCGCCGAUGUGCGCGCGCGGACCCGGCGCCGCGGCCGCCAACUCGCCGCUGUCCAAGACCUGCACUACCACCACCACUACCACGACGACGACGAAAAUAUUGCAAAACAAUUCGGCGGCUUCGACGCCCGUCGAGGAGAAGGCCGCCGUCGUUCCGGUGGCCAGUAGUAAAAACGAACAGCCGCCGUCGUCACAGGUGAACAAAAUGUUCUUGGCGGACGUCGGCAGUGGCGGCGGUGGUCACGUGUCGUUUGCCACUCGUAUAGCCGAAGAAAGAGAUCAUCUGCAGCAGAAUAAUCUUCAUCAUCAUCAUCAUCAUCAUAAUAAUCAUCAGCUGGUGCAGCCUGCUGUCACAGCCGCAGCCGUAGUCGACAGACCGAAACCCGCGAAAUCCGCAAACGGCGGCUGCAGGUAUUUCUUCAACAGGAAAUACAAACAACAGAGGGAACAGCAGCAGCAGCAGCCUCAACCGCAGACGCCGUCUUGUUGUAAGCCCGACGAGGCGUGCAAGAACGGCGCAACCGGUAGACACAGUACGACGAACGAUGCGUCGCCGCCGUCCACGCAUCAACCUUGAGUGGUGACGGCGGCCGACGGACGACGACGACGACGACGACUUACCGGUCGACGGCCGCUAGAUCUUUUCCGCCCACGACUAUAACUCAUUUUAUUCUUUACUCCGAGGCUCUUGACUCUUAGCCCCCCCCCCCCCCCCCAAAAAAAAAACGGGCUUUUGCGAUUGAUUUUUAUCAUUAUCAUUUUUAUUAUAAAUAUUAUCCUUUAUAGACGAGGUGAAAACUGUAGGUAUGUUUUGUUGAAUUUUUUUUUAUAUAAUUUAUAUAUAUAUAGUUUAUGUUUUAAUCAUUUUUUUCCCCGCUAUUGAGAACGCCGCCGUUUUUGUCACCGUAGACAGAGUAAAUAUCAUAGGGCCUGUGGAUUAAAUACUCGUAAUUAUAGUAACCACUGUUUUAUCAAAUAAUGUAUGUUCGUCGGCAAUUGUAUUGUUAUUUCACAUCUGCGACUAAUCCGAAACGAUUUAAAUGUAUGAUAUCCGUUCACUACUGUAACGAUGCUCUGUAUUUCAUUAUUGACUAUUGUUUAGGAACAAUUUUAAUAAUUUCGGUUUUGGUCUAGGCCAAAAAAUUUUUUUUCUUUCAAAUAUACUUCGGUCUUAUUUUAUACGAGUGGGCCCGUGGUACGUUGAUGUAUCGCGCAAUUAGAUAUUUGUACUUAGUUAAGUGGUUGUGUGUUUUAAUCCGAGUUCGUCUAUCGUACAACAUGUUAAUUAUAGGUAUUUAUAUUAUCUAUGCAUUGUGUGUUAGUUUGUGUUUUGUGUUUAUGGAUCGUGUGUGUGUAAUAUUAUAUUUAAUGUAAUAAAUGCCACACUCGAUGCUCGAUUAGUAUUAGUGAAAACUGUGAACUGAUUGCGUUUUUCGGUAUUACUCAAUCUAGAGUUAUUUAUUUGUGAUAUUUUGUGAUAGAUAUACAAUGCCCAAAUAUUAUUUUUUUUCAUAACUUUCGUCUUUAAUAAUAUUAAGUAAGUAGGUAGGUAGGUAAUAGGUAUGUAGUUUCGGAACACGUCAUCAUAGAAACCCAUUAAACUUUAUUAUUCAUAACAUAUUACUUUAUUUACUAUAAUAUAACCAUCACUAUUUAGGUUUAUAUGUAUAUAUAAUAUAUGUAUGUACGAUAUAUAUAUAUAUUAUACAUAAUACACACACAAUAUACAUAUAAUAACCUAUAUUUUAUUUAUAAUAUAUUUUUUUUUCUAUCGUCAUCCAAAUAAUUUAAUAAUCAAACUCUUUUUAGUAUUCUAUUCGUAAAAAUCCUUCAACGGUGAUAGUUAUAAGUAUACGUCAGUUUUAUUAUUUUUUUCCAUAUUACGUACAUUGUAUUUGAAAUUUAAAUUAAAAGAAUUGUAAAUCGUUUUAAAAGACUGGAGAUUCAUUAAUAAUAUUCGUAUAAUUUAAACAUUGCACUGUAUGAGCAAAAUAUUUAAUUUUGUUUUUUAAUAAUAUAAUAUUUAUCAGCAAUUCGUCAUCCUGGAUGUAAAACGAUUUGUAUUUAGUAUCGUUCUAAACGGUUUUUAUAUUUAUCAAUAUUAAGAUAAUAUGUUUUAAAUAUAUUUAAUGCAAUUUUUCUAUUAAAAAAGUAAGUAUAUUAGGAAAUAAUUUGUAAUAAGAGUGCCAAUCGCAAUUUUAGAAUACUUUUUUGCAAUAAGUCAACCAAUUUGUUCAAUGCGUGAGAAUGAGUUUUUUUUCUUUGUAAUUUUAGUUUUAACGGCUCGUUAAUAAGCCAAAGUCUUGUUUAUGUUCUGUUAUGAUACGUCGUUUAUGAAAAAUGUUCGAAAGCACAACCGCAACACUCGUUUCGAUAUUAAACUCGUCACAUUUUUUCUUAGGCGGUUCGUUAUAUCCGUUUUAAAUUUAUAUUUUAUUUUUGCUUUCUUCCUUUCUUCCUAUCAUGUGUCUACCCUAAAUUAUCGUUAAUGUAAAAACAUUAUGGCCGUGUUAUUAUAUUUUAUUGUCAUCGUUUUUCCUGCGUUUCGCGACGCCAUCGGAGCUCAAAAGGUGAAUCUUAAAAAAACAAAUACCAAAAAAUUAUUUAUUUAUUAACUUUAAUUAUUAUUAACAAUCGUUUGCGCGGUGACGGUGCAUACUGUGCACCGACACUUAGUAUAAUAGCAUAGGUACAAUAAUGUUAUACAUUAUACGAUUAUUCGCUGUGCCUCAUGUCCCAGCCCUUUCUUGUUUUUAUUUUAUUUAUUUUCUUCUUUUACUUUACGUUUUUUCUUGUUAAUAUUACAGUAAAAUUUCCAUAUUACGAAGUCUCAUGAAGCAUAAAAAAAAAUCGUAUUAUAUAUAAUUGAAUAAAUUUGGUUCUAAUUUGGUUUGAGUUCUCAAAAAUAUUUCGUUAAAACAAAAAAUGUUGUAAAAUGGGAGUUCGUUAUAUGGAAGUUUCACUGUAUAAUAUAUUUAAAUAUUUCGCGAAUGCAAUUUAUCAUUUAGGUGUUUAUUACAAUUUAUCUUCUAUUGGAUCAUAUAUUUUGUAAUAAUAAUAAUAAUAAUAUAAUAAAUAUUAUCAUCGUCCUGUAAUGGGUCGAACUUUUGGUCAUGUCUACCGUCCGUUGGUAUUGUUUUUCUUACAGGUUACAUACCGAUCAUGGUAUUUUGAAAAUCGCGA